AUGAAUGCGACGACGACGAUGCGGCAACAAAAACGAUUCUUCGUCGACAACAACAAAGGGGUUGUUUUUUCUCUUCUUUUGUUCUUCGUUUUUGCGUCGUUGUUCUCUCUAACUGUCGUGAAUGCGUUCGAGUCGCCGGCGAAAGCUUCCCUGAAAGCGUUCGAAGUCGUGACGUUUUCAAAAGUAGAAACGACGAGGGCGACGAAAUCAUCUUUAACUUCCUCUCCUGACGAUGAUACUGAUGAAAAGAUUACCGCGGUUGAAUUCACCGCGUUCGGGACGCACUUUCGCGUGAACGUGGAACAAUCGUACAAAAAAUUUCUCAAAAAUGGCGCCUUGUUCGUGGACCAAUUGAACGGAAACGAACCGAAGUCGAUCGAUUGGGUGAAUACGCUCGAGUUGGAACGAGAGAAGAAAUGCUUUUACGACGGUAAAACCGUGCUUUCUUCUUCUUCGACGACGACUGCGGGAACGAAAAAUGCGAAUAACAUCGCGUCUGGGAAUCUUUGCCCGGGGGGAUCUCGCGCGCACUUCAACGUCGUCGCGAAGAAUGAGAGCAUUUCUUUGGCGUCGCCGCACGCGGACUUUACCGAGGACGUGGCGCAGGAGAAGAUGAGACGGCGAAGAAGCCGUUCGCUUUUACAGGAUGAUGACGCGGAUGGCGAUGAUUCGAUUGCGACCAGUGAUAGAAUCAGUUUGAGUAAGAAGUUACGAUCGACGUAUUUCAUCGCCUUUCGAGCGGAAGACGAACUCGACAACAACUUGGAAGGGACCAGAUUCGACGAGGUAAUGUAUAAACCUGGGACCACCGCCGACGACGAACACGGACACAAGAAACGAAUGCGACGAAGGCUUAAUCACGCCGGCGAACAUUGGACUGCUCAGUUGGAAACGUACGUCAUCAUCGAUAUGAAACGCUCCGCGGACUACAUAAAUGAUGGGAAGACGGAUAUGGAUUGCAUCAUGGAUUCGUUGGCGGUUAUGAACUUUGUCAACGCGCUUUACGACGGGGUCUUUGAUGUCGAAUUAAACGUGGUCGUGAGUGGAUUCGGUAUCUUUAGCGCGAGUCAAGGAAAUACUGUUUCGGACGGUAAUCUUGGAACGUCGGAACCGUGGACGCACGCCACGCUUGCGGACGAUACCGAGGCGUGCGAUUAUUGUGAAAAUGAUGAUGAAGUCGACGUGGAAAAAUUCUUAGACAACGUUUCGAAUUGGGUGGUUGAGCAGGAUGCUUCUUUUUUCAACGGCGCGGACGAUGUCGUUGUACUGUCUGGACACGAUUUUGACGGCGGUACCAUUGGACUUGCGUGGUUGGGUACGGUUUGCGCAACAUGGGCGCAAAACGUAAACGAGGUCAGAUACACCAAUACGUUGCGAUACAGCGCUGCAACCGUUGCGCACGAAAUAGGACAUAACCUUGGAUUUCCGCACGAUGGUGAUGGCGAUUCUGGCACAGAGAGUUGCCCUGCUGCUGGAUUAAUUAUGGCCGCGCUUGCGGGUAAUGAACUCGAAACGCAAUGGUCGACGUGCUCGAAAGACGUAUACAACGAUAAAAUCGAAGACAUGAAGUCGUGCUUGACUCAAGGGAAUACCAACGUUUGCGGUAACGGAAUCGUUGAAGAAGGUGAAGAGUGCGAUUGUUACGGUAAAGAUUGCACGAACACUUUAUAUUACGGUGCAAAUGAACAAAACUGUUGCGAUGCGUCCACGUGUAAACUGAAAACAGGUAAAACGUGUUCGAGUUACCACGACGGCUGUUGUACCGACGCGUGCAGCAUCGCGGCGAAGGAUGUCGUGUGCAGAGCCGCCGCUGGUGAAGGUGGAUGCGAUGUUGCAGAAACGUGCGAUGGCGUUUCGAAAUCGUGCGAUUCGCGCGAUUACUGGAAACCGUACGGGACAAUUUGCACAGUUGAUUCGAAGACGGGUGGGUGCUAUAAAAACGAAUGCAGAGUUGACCUUCCCCAAGCAGAAAACAAACCGUGCUUUUGGUUGUGGGGAGGUGUGUACUAUGCAACAAAGAAGGGUGCUCCGUGCUCAACGGACACGAUUUCUGGCGUCUACUCAAAAGUAUGCGACGGUGAAGGCGCUUGCGUCUCCCCUACAAUGUUGGAUUACGAUAACAACGCCAUCACGAAUACGCAAAAAUGCGACGCGUCGGAGAAAACACCAGAAAACGGAAGUAUCGGUGCUUGCAAAGAGUUACUCUCGCACGGCGAAACGUGUAUUUUCAAUUGCAACUCUGGAUACUCCCUUUCCGGAGCAACCUCGUGUUCUGCAGGCAAGACAAUAAGUACUGCCGCGUGCAAACCGAACUCUGUUGCAGCGAUUGAAUCUUCCUUGGAACUUUCGCCAUACUCCGUCGCAACAUUUUUGGACGCGCAAAAGACCGCCUUUAUCGCGGGCAUGGCUUCCUACUUGGCCGUUGAAGUCGAUAAAAUCACCAUCACGGAUAUCACCGAUGUUGUUUUCAGUGGCGCCGACGACGAUAAUUACCGGCGACGAAAAUUAACCGCGACGAACGCCGUCCAAGUCGAUUUCAAAGUCGAAACGUCCUCGUUCGCCAACCUCGCCGUCGUGGAAACGAAACUGGUCACCGAUGACGCGACAAACUUGGUCGCAGCGCUCGAUGGACAAGCUGAUUUAACUGUCACUGUCAGUUCUAUCAAGGCGCCAAUUACCGUCGUAAAACUCGCGCCUCCGCCGAGUCCUCCUCCACCGAGUCCUCCUCCGACGAGCACUUUGAUUAUUUCGCCGGCGGCGCGUCGCGCCGCCUUUUCUCCUUCCGAGUUUUACUUUUUAACGUUUUUUACGAGCGUUUUACUCCUCGCGUUCGCGUAA